AAAAGUUGAAGGGCAAAGCAUAGGUAUAUGCCAGAAAGUGGUGGUUGAAGACACCUUCUCGAUCCUUUGUGCAGCCAUGCGACAUAUGGAGGUAACUUAUUUCAUUGAAAUGAAUGAGGACUUCUUCUAUCUGUGUAGGGAUGCCAUUGAUGAUGCUGAGAGCAUAAACUUCGAGGUUGAUGCCAUCCGCACUCACUUGUUAAAUCUGGUGAAAGCAUACCUUGGGAAGACUGAAUUUGGCAUGGCCGGAGGCGAUAUAGCUGAGAGCUUGGAUGAGCAGAUUAAGAAGCAAGCGAAGCAUGUCGAAGAGGUGGAAAAGUCCUUGGCCAAGAUGAAGGAGCUUGUACUCAAGUUGGAAAAAGGAUUGUUGUUAGCCAAAGCAUACUUGAAAUCACUCAACCAAGAAAAGGAGCACCUGAGUUCCAAUGGUUUAGCCAAGCUUCGUCAAACCUGCAUUGAAACUGCCAAGGCUUUUAGGGAUGAGCUUGGUCCCUUCUUGUCAUGAGCGGCCAUGUGUCCCAACUUUCUCUUCGUCUUUCAUUCUGCUUUAUUUAUGGUUUGUUGUUUAUUGGCGUCAUUGCCAUGAUGUAACCCCCUUGUCAUGUUUGGUUCAGGUUGAACAUUUUUAUUUCCAACAAAGUCUGGACCUUGUU